GCAACUUCUAUUUCUUCUUCUUGACUGAGAUGGAGCUAAAAGGUUUGGGGUUCGUCCCCCUUCUGUUGGCGUUUUGGUGUGCGGCCUGGCUUGCCACCAGCUACAUCGUGACGGUCGUCCUCGGCCAUGCCGCCUCGCCACUGAUGCACAUCAGUGACGUGGGAAAUUUCUUUCCCGAAAACAUAUUAUUGAGAAUUGGUUUCAUAGGGACAUCCAUUGGCACUUUGGUACUAACCUUUCUUAUUUAUAAGUAUAUGGUUAUGCAUACUGAAGAGUUCAGGGGUCAUCAGGUCCUGAUCCAGAGGAUCCUGCUCGCCAUUGUGUGGGCCUCCUGUUUUGGUACAGCUGUCAUGCAUGUAUUGUCCCCCGAAGAAUAUCCCAGGAUACACUUUGUCAGCAUGGUAAUUUCCAUUACAUGUGAACAUUACGCGCCCGUUACCUCACAGGCUCCUCAGACUGCGGCAGCGCUAGACGUGUCAUUGGAGUCUUCAGAUUCUCAGUAUUUUCUCCAACUAGUUGUUUCUCUUUAUUCAUUUAGCCCUCUGGUUUUCCAAUAG